AUGGACCCCGCGGCGGCCACGCUAGGUGCAGCACCCGCCGCUGGCGCGCCACCCCCGGGCGCAGCCGCAGGGGAGCAGCAGGCAGCUCCCCGGGUUGAGCGGCUCAGCGCGGGGGUGCAGCAGCAGCUGAACCUGGAGGGGAUGCGCGCGCGCGCGGUGGGGCUGUACAAGGCCAUCUCCCGCAUCCUCGAGGACUUCGACGUCAUCGCCCGCACCAAUCCCAGCGCCUCCCCCAAGUGGCAGGAUGUGCUCGGGCAGUUCUCGAUGGUGAGCAUGGAGCUCUUCAACAUUGUGGAGGACAUUAAGAAUGUGUCCAAGGUGUUUGUUGUGUACCCCCGGAAUGUCAAUGCCGAGAAUGCUACAAUACUACCUGUAAUGCUGUCAUCAAAACUGCUGCCUGAGAUGGAAGUUGAGGAAACUACAAAGAGAGAGCAACUAUUGUCUGGCAUAACUAAUCUACCGGUGCCUACACAGAUUGAAAAAUUAAAGGUUAGAAUAGACAUGAUUGGAAGUGCUUGCGAAACUGCUGAGAAAGUAAUUGCUGAAUGCCGUAAGAGCUAUGGGCUGGGAACCCGUCAGGGAACAAAUCUUGGUCCUACAUUGGACAAAGCACAAGCUGCAAAGAUACAGGAGCAGGAAGGCCUACUUAGAGCAGCAGUAAAUUAUGGUGAAGGAUUACGGGUACCUGGAGAUCAGAGGCAGCCACAAUCUCUUCCUAGCCAUCUGAUAGAAGUGCUUCCUUUAGGAGAUGGUGCACAAAAUUUUGGUGAUAGUUCUGGUAGUUAUCCCAAAAAUACGUCAACAUUUGCACCUAAUAAUGUCAACAACCAGGGAAAUCAGGCAUCCGGAGGACAGUUACUUGGAAGACCUGCGCCAUCACCUGGAACCACAGGAACCCCUAAUUUCGAGAAUGUGUCCACUCCUCCAAUGCCAUAUGCUAACUCUCCUAGGUCAGGCACCAAUAUGAUGAAUACCCCUUCCCCUCAGCAGCAUCUAACACCACAACAGCAGAGGCAAAAGCUGAUGCAAGCGUCUCAACAGCAGCAACUGCAUGCUCAGCAGCUGAGGCCAUCAGCUGCUGGGAUGCUAGCACAGAGCGCACUUCCUCAGCUACAAGAUUUACAGGGGCAGACUCAACAAAAACUACAGGUCCCUGGUCAACAGCAAAUGCAGUACAACCAAGCCUUGUCACAACAGUUUCAUAACAGACAGAUGCAACCUGGACGUAUGCAACCAGGCAUGGCUCAGAGUCAAUUGAAUCAAGGAACUCAGCUACGAAGUCAUUUGGGCCAGUUUACUGGAGCUGCAAAUAGUGCAAUGUUCAGUGCUGCACAGGCAUCAUCAAACUCACAAAUGAUGGCAAAUAUACCUGGAUCACAGUCACUUAUGCCACAAAUGCAGGUUUCGUCAGAAAUAAUUCUCUGCAUCUAUUCGAAUAGAAUAAUUUCUGCAUAUGAUUUUCAAGUUAUAACUGUCAAAUGGAUAAAGAUAAAAAUGAAAAUGUUAGGAGUCAUGGAUUUGAGACAUCAUAUUCGGCUAUCAACUGUUUUGGUGGCAUUACUGGCUUAUUUGGUAGAAAACUGGUCCUCAAUAUUAGAAAUAUGUGUACGCAUUGCGGAGGCAAGUCCUCUGAGUCGCAUAAAUCUAGAGGCAAGUCCUCUGAGUCGCAUAAAUCUAGAUACUGAUCCGAUCACAAUUCAAAUCAAAAGGACAAAAUAUAUUGGAAUUUACCGUAAUCCAAAGUGUGGGGACUUGGAAUCAGUGCCGGAUGAAAAGUGCCCUUUGAUUUUGAAUCGUCAUUGGUCUAUUUUACUUUGUGCCAAAAAUGAUCGUCUCAAGUUUGUACUACUGAACUCUGUACUGUUUUCUGCUGCAGUGUUCGGUAUGGGAGCCACAAAUAGCAGCAUGAUGGGAAUGCAGCAACAGCAGCAAGGGGUAUAUGGGAACAUGCAGGCAGGUGCACAGAACAUGCAACAGGGUAUGGUGGGCCUUCAGAAUCAGACCCAGAAUCCCAACUUCACUCAGCAGAGGCAACAAAAUCAGCAAUGA